AUGUACAGCAAUGAGAUCCACACGGUGGCCCAGGUGAGCAAGAACGACUUCGUGGCGUGCAACCUGCAGGGCAACAGCAGUCAGUUCAAGUUCUGGAACUCCGGCAACGACGUCGUGACGCUGGACAAGCCCGGCAAGAUGUGGUUCAUCUGCACCAAGCACAACCACUGCCGCAAGGGCAUGAAGCUCGCCAUCGACGUCGUCGACCGCACCGUCGUCGUCGCCCCAUCCCCAGCCCCGCUCCCGGGAACUGCCCCGCCUCCCCCACCUCCUCCGUUCGGUUGGCCGUCGACCCCGGCCCCGCCGCCCCCACCUCCGUUCGGUUGGCGGUCGACACCGGCGCCGCCUCCGCCGCGGUCUGUGGCCGUGAGGAACGCGGUCGGCGGCGCGGUGGCCGCGGCGGCAGCCGCCGUGGUCGCGGCCGCGCUCGCGUUCUAG